UCGCAUUUCCCCGUGGUUUGAGAUGGAAAGUUGCAACAAAUUUAAAAGAAUCGAGAAACUAUAUAAAAACCGAAGGAAAUCGAAUUAUUCCCGCCAAAUAAGCUUCUGAAAUUUCAGCGAAUUUCCGAUAAAGCCCUCGCUCCCUUUUCCGUUUCCCGUCUCCUCCUCCCUGCAAAAAUUCGAAUCUGCAGCAAUUAUUGCUUUUACUACAAUUUUUGCAAAAUCAAAUUGUAUCCCUAAAUGGGAACGAAGAUCACAAGCAAUCUUCAUAUUGUUUCAGCAUCUCACUGAUUUCUAGGGUUUUCUUCUCGUUUCUCUCUCUCUACCUCUUUCUCCGUUCGCCAUGUCUAUUGCUACUAUUGGUGGGAAUAUGUCUUCGCCGCUGUCUCUGUCGAAAUCCGCCACCACAACCUGCGCUUCUCUCCUUUGCGAACUGCAGGAAAUAUGGGAUGAAAUUGGAGAAAGUGAAACUGAGAGGGAUAAAAUGCUUCUUCAGUUGGAGCAGGAAUGCCUUGAUAUAUAUCGUACGAAGGUAGAAAGAAGCAGGAAGUACAAAGCUGAGUUACAGCGGUCCUUGGCCGACUUUGAAGCUGAAAUCGCUCAACUAACUUCUGCCCUUGGAGAACGGGUUUCUGUGCCUCGGUAUGAGAAGAUGGAUGGCAAUCUGAAGCAUCAAAUAUCCAUUAUAAGCCCUACGCUGGAGAGUUUGAGGCUAAAGAGACAAGAGAGAGUAAAAGAGAUUUCAGAACUAGAAUUCCAAAUUGCAGUAAUCAGUGCAGAAAUAGCAGGCACUGAUGAGGUUUUAGACCCUAGUGGAAUUCAAGUGGAUGAAGUGGACCUCACAACCAAGAAGUUGGGAGAACUGAAGUCUCACCUCCAGGAGCUUCAGUUUGAAAAGAAUCUGCGCUUGCAGAAAGUUAGUGGCCAUAUCAGUGUGAUCCAUGGACUCUCAGUUGUCAUGUCUCUAGAUUUUAAGAAGAUAAUGGCCAAAAUCCAUCCAAGUUUUGUUGAUACUGUUGUUGGUCAGUCAAAGAGCAUAAGCAAUGAGGUGUUAGCUAGAUUAACCAGUGAAAUGAAUUCUCUGAAGCAAGAAAAGCAACAGCGGCUACUGCAGGCACAAAAUCAUGGCAGAACCCUUAUGGAACUCUGGAGCCUCAUGGAUACACCUGUUGAAGAGCGAAACAAAUUUAAUCAUCUUACACAUUUGAUCACGUCCACUGUGGAUGAGGUUGUGAGUCCUGGAUCUCUAUCUGUUGAUGUCAUCGAGCAGGCUGAAGUUGAGAUUGAAAACCUAAACGUUUUGAAAGUCAGUAAGAUGAAGGAGCUUAUAUUUAAGAGGCAAUCAGAGCUUGAAGAGAUAUAUAAAGCGGUUCAUAUGGACCUUGAUAUCGAUAAAUCACGGCAGCUUCUCACCACUCUCAUGGAAUCUGGUACUAUUGAUCUUUCUGACCUCUUAUCAAGUAUGGAUGAUCAGAUUGCAAUAGCCAAAGAACAGGCUCAAAGCAGAAAGGACAUUUUGGACAAGGUGGAGAAAUGGAAACAUGCCUCAGAAGAGGAAAGCUGGCUUGAUGAGUAUGAAAGAGAUGAAAAUCGGUACAGUGCUGGCAGAGGAGUGCACAAAAAUUUGAAACGUGCUGAGAAAGCUAGAAUCUUAGUCAGCAAAAUACCAUCUCUUGUUGAGAGUUUAACUGCAAAGGUGAAGUCCUGGGAACUAGAGAAAGGAAUGCCAUUCUUGUACAACAAGGUUCCUUUGUUACGGAUAUUGGAGGAAUUUGUCAUCUCCCGACAAGUGAAAGAAGAAGAUAAACGCAGAUCUCGGGAAAACAAGAAGCUACAAGAUCAAAUAGCUACAGAACAAGAAGCACUGUUUGGUUCAAGGCCAAAUGUGAAAAAGCCUUUGGGUCAGAGCACAAACACUAAUACAAUGGCUGCCACACCAAAUAGUCGCCGCAUGGGGACCCCUGCUCGAUUUGGAUUCUCCGGUGGGAACGGCAGGAGAGACAGUGUUAAGGUGGGUAGUGUAAUUCCCAUAAACUAUGUAGCUCUCUCGAAAGACGAACGAUAGAGGUGGUUGCACCAGAAGCUCUAUCUUUCACUUCUGCUCAACUGCUGGGGCUCGGUAUAUAGAUUUUUGAGAUGUCCAUUUCUACUGAAUGAUUAAUCCAAAACUAAUUUCUUUGAAAUGACCCUAAUGGCCGCUGGAGUAUAUGGAGAAAGGUUGACUUGACAUGAAAGAAGUGGUGAAAACGUCGAUAGCCUAUUGAUCAAGUGUCGAAAUAUCAUGUUUCUUUAUUAUAUAUAGCAUCCAAAUUAGAUGGACUUGGAUUAUUGUACAUUUUGUGUCGAUUGAGUUUUGUAGACAAUGAAAUCGAAUUGAUGGCGUGAAUUGGGUUCUCAGUUAAAUUCUUUGGUGUUUGAAUCAAACUCUUAAACAACAUACAUGUCACUUACAAAAUAGCUAGCAAUAACUUAUUCUGCAACAAGUGAAAAAUUCAAUAGAAUAGUCGUGUAACAUUUUGGCAAAAGCUAAUGUAGAGGACGAAAAGGCAGCAAAAAACAUGAUGAAGACAGCUCAAAUGGUGUCGACAGCAACGCGCUUGUACAAGUGAGGCGCUAGUCUUGGCGUCGGAAGCGCCUCCACCGGAUUCUUCAUGUAGGUGACGGUACCUGGAUUCUCGUCCAAGUUGAUCUCCUCCGUUCUCAUUCCGGCUGGAGGAGCCCAGCUGAAGUGGUGCAGCAGAUGGCCUAUCAUCGACGUCGUGAGGUCAAUCCCUAGCUGCGCCCCGGGGCACACUCUUCUCCCGGCACCAAACGGCAGAACCCGGAAAUCAUGCCCCUUUAUAUCAAUAUCUUCCUCCACGAACCUCUCCGGCCUGAACUCCAACGGGUUCUUCCACACUGCCGGGUCGCGUGCUACAGCCCACACGUUCACGUUCACGUUGGAGCCCUUGGGGAUGUCAUAGCCACCGAUCUUGACAUUGGUGUUGGCGCGGUGCGGGAGCAUGAGAGGGGUGGGCGGGUGCAACCUCAAUGACUCCUUCACCACACACUGCAAGUAGGGCAGGUUCGGGAUGUCCACUUCCGUCAUCACACGAUCACGGCCUAUCACGCGGUCCAGCUCCUCCUGCACCUUCUGUUGCACCCUCGGAUUCCUCACCAGCUCCGCCAUCGCCCACUCC